GGGCAUCCCACCAUCUUACUCAUCCGACAUCUCACAUUGGAUGUUUACUUCCCCGCUGCAAAGUGCAAAAAGUAUAUCACACAGUCGUAUUCAACCAUUGUCUCCAUCGAAGCCCUUGUUUCAAACAGCAGCCCUUGGCCAGAGACAUUUAAACCUUAAACUGACCUCUGGAUUCUGGAUUCUCUUUCAUUACUCAUCACCGACGCUGAUAUAAGAGAUAUAAGAGAGAAGCACGAUUAAAAACUCUGCCCCUGAUAUCCCAGAAUUUACCCGGCACAUUACACGACCUACACACCAGAAUCUGAUCACGAGGUUCAGCACCCCUUUCUCACCUACAGGGGGAGAUCUGCAUUACACAUCUUAUUGACAAGACCUUAUGCACAAUUAAGAAAUUGAGACUUUGCAAAGGAAUCUAUGAUACGCAGGCUAAUUGAGAGGGAGGAAUAAACUAUCGCUCAUCUACCGAAUCUAUAAAUACAAAGGCCUAUCAAUCCAACUCUGGUCACGAGACCAACCUUCUCACUUCCGAAAUCAUGACUACCUCACCACCAGAAGAAACCCACCCUAAAGUUCCCAAACCCGCCUCCGCACCCGAAUCCACACCCAUAACCACACCUCCCGCCGCCCCCGAAACCUACGAAGAAACCAACGUUCAUGAAGUCUACGAGCAAAUCGCCUCCCACUUCUCUUCCACCCGCUACAAAGCCUGGCCCAUCGUGAAAUCCUUCCUCCAAGGUCUCGCGCCCGGGUCAAUAGGUCUCGACGUCGGAUGCGGCAACGGCAAAUAUCUCCUCGUAAACCCUGACGUCUUCAUCAUCGGCUCCGAUCGCUCUACAAACCUAGCAAAAAUAGCUAGUUCUCACCAACCCCAUUCGGCAAUCGUAGCCGAUACUUUAGCAUUACCUCAUCCAGAAGGUAGUUUUGACUUCGCGAUAAGUAUAGCGGUCAUCCAUCAUUUAUCGACGCCAGCUCGUCGUCGUGAAGCUGUCCAAUCCAUCCUCGCCACUCUUUCUCCUUCAGGAAAAGCACUCAUCUACGUCUGGGCCCUCGAACAGUCCUCUUCUCGACGGGGGUGGGACGAAACAAACCCUCAAGAUGUAAUGGUCCCAUGGGUAAUGCGUACCGGCAAAAAAGUCGCCGCAGAUGGAAGUAUUACGCAACCAGCUUCAGAAAAAACCUUUCAACGCUACUACCAUCUGUAUCGGGCCGGCGAACUGGAGGAGGAUAUCAAAACUGUAGGAGGCACGGUACUAGAAAGUGGGUAUGAAAAGGAUAAUUGGUGGGCCAUUUGCUCUCAGCGAGAUUCACCCACACCCCGAGCAUCAGAACCCAUAGUAUGAUCUUGCUCUCACGGGAUAAACACGGGAGAUCAGCAGCAACUCGGGAUCUUCCUGAACCGAGACGUUGAUUGAAUAUGCGCUGAUGCGUCAGACUGCACACAUACAUACAUGCAAAAACCAUGAUCGGCGUCGCUUUGGUCACAGAGAAGGUGGCAGGACCCGAGUCGAGGAAGCGCCAGUGUCGUACAAAAUGGACCGGGAGGUCAAUAUCCACUUCUUCCAAGACGCCAGCCGAGAAAUAAAGUUCAGCCUGUUGGUAUUAAUGCACCAUGAGAACUUGAAUACUGCACCAUUACCCGCUGGACCUGAAGACUAUGUCCAGAAAUCAGAGUCUGUACAUGUUCCCGUGAAAGAUAUAUCAACACAUGCAUAGGUAGAUAGACAAAUCAAAGAAGCAAUUAGAAGAAUAUAAAAGGGUUA